GCUAAUGUCAGUGACGUUGAUCGUACGCUGGGUAUACUGUAUCUCCUGGGUGGACAGUAUAGUUACUUCAACAUUAAAUGGAAUAAAAUGCCGCGGAUUCGUAUAAAUAGAGACGUCGCUUCAGCGUAAUUAAUUAAUGCUUCUUAAUUAAGACGGGUCGCUUCUGGAGCGGGUGGCGGCAGGCCUAUUUUCGGUUUUUAUCAGCAAUAUUACAGGGAGAGGAGUGACGUCCACCUCAACACAGGAGCUGCAGAGAAGUUUGUCAUUUUUGUCCCUGUUGAACAAACGAUGAACUGAGGACCUCCACUCCUUUUAACUUCACACAUCUCGACAGCACCCACUCCUUUACUCUCGCUUGCGGUCAGUAAAAGGAGUCAACGACGUUGCCUCACCACACCUGGGCAGAGAAAUGUGUGUGUGCGUGUAUCCUUGGAUGCAUGACUGUGUCUGAGUGUUUUUGGGCUGAAGUAAGAGGUAGUAGGCUGCACUUCCCCUCUCACCCUCUGAGAGGCACUUCUCCACUUGACUGACUACGACAUUUGUCUCUACAACUGCAAAGCAUCAUGGGUAGGAAAAAGAUUCAGAUCCAACGGAUCACCGAUGAAAGGAACAAGCAGGUGACAUUCACAAAGCGAAAGUUUGGCUUGAUGAAGAAAGCCUACGAGCUGAGUGUAUUGUGUGACUGCGAGAUCGCUCUGAUCAUCUUCAACCACGCGAACAAGCUGUUCCAGUAUGCCAGCACUGACAUGGACAAGGUCUUGCUCAAAUACACAGAGUACAAUGAGCCUCAUGAGAGCCGGACUAAUGCAGACAUUAUUGAGACUUUGAGAAAGAAAGGCUUCAACGGUUGUGACAGUCCAGAGCCGGACGGUGAAGACUCCAUUGACCAAAGUCCCCUAAAUGAUGACAAGUACCGUAAGACCACAGAGGACCUGGAUGUUCUCUUCAAACGCUACGGACAGUCGGCAGCUCCGUCCCAGACGUUCUCCAUGCCAGUCACAGUCCAGUCGUCCAAUCAAAGCACACUGCAGUUCAGUAACCCUGGCAACGCACUGGUAACUACCUCGUAUGUAACAUCAUCAUCGCUCACGGAUACCCACCUCCUGUCGCCACAGCAACCGGCUCUUCAGAGAAAUACGGUGUCUCCUGGGUUGCCACAGCGACCAGCCAGUGCAGGUGCUCUUCUUGGAGGCGACCUGAAUAAUUCAAAUGGAGGAUGCCCAAGUCCAGUCCCUAAUGGAUACACCAGUGCCAGGGCCUCCCCAGGCCUCCUCACCGUUUCCAACGGCAACAGUCUGGGGAAAGUAGUUCCGGCCAAGUCUCCACCCCCACCUCCCAGCCCCCAGAUGGUCAACAGCCGCAAGCCAGACCUCCGAGUCAUCACCUCACAGGGUGGAAAGAGCCUCAUGCAGAUGACAGAGGAUGAGCUGGAAUUGGUAAACGAGAACGCCCAGCGGCUUGCAGCAGGAGUCCAGGUGGCUCAAACCCUCACCACACCGGUGGUCUCUGUGGCCACACCGAGCCUCCUGGCACAGGGGCUGCCCUUCUCCGCCAUGCCCACAGCAUACAACACAGAGUACCAGCUGACCAGUGCAGACAUCACUGCUUUACAUGCUCUGGCGUCACCUGGCGGCUUGUUGCCAACCAGUGUGUCCACAUGGCAGCAGCAGCAGGCAGUUUCCCAGCAACCGCAACAACAACAGCAAGCACAGCAACAACAGCAACAGCAGCAGCAACAACAACUUAAUCUCGCAUCACUCAGCAACUUGGUCAUGUGGGGUAUGGACAAACAGAGCAGCGAGCUGUCUAGCCAGGUGUCCAGUCUGGCUGCCAAUCUGAGUGUUGGCUCUCCGUCCAACCUGCUCUUGGGUAGAGAUGAGUGGUUGGGCCGGCCUGUGACGCAUAUACCUCAAGGCACCAUGCUAACCGUCAAUACGAACUCCAGCGUGAGCAUCAAGUCGGAGCCUGUUUCGCCCGGCCGGGAUCGUAGCACCCCUUGUCCCCCUCCAUCUUCCAACACGCCGUCCUCGACCUCAGGAGGAGCCAUCCUGACCGCACCGCCACAGUACCCUGGCUCCCUGUUGUGCCUGGAGCCCCCGACCGGCCGCUCUCCUGCAGACAGUGUAAGCAGCAACGGCAGCUCCUUUGAAGGCAGCGAUCGUGAUGACACCGGUGCAGCUGGCGGCAGCGGAGGUGCAGGUGGAGGUGGCGGCGGCGGUGCUACCGGAAGCGGCGGUACCGCCAGCCGGUCCGUGCCGCCCGACUUCAGCCCCUCGGCCGAGCUCCUCAGGGCGUCGAACGAACCAGACCAGGAGGGAGGAAACAUCAAGCGCAUGAGAUUGGACGCCUGGGUCACAUAGAGUAGCUUGCACCACCCCUCUGCACCUACAGCGAAGUUUUGGUGACACUUAAACACCCACAACACACACCCACACCCAUCCUUAAACUCCCACUGCCCCGACCCCACUGCCAUGUGACACUAUCAUCAUACAUCUGCCUCUGUCCAAAAUCAUACAACUCAGCUGCAUCACCCAGACUUAUGAGGCUUUGCCAAAAAAACAUUUUAAAAAAUCAUUUGGGCAUCACACUCUGAGUGAAGAGAGGAUGGCUUAGUGCUCAGCUGGAUAUUUUGUCCCGGGUAGGCCCUUGAAUAGAGGGACAGUAGAUUUUUAAAGCCUUCUUGCUUGAAUGGACUCCCGUAUAGUAGUUUCUUUUGGUAGAAGUGAGGUGUUAAACCUUUUUGCAAUCUGACGAAACCAUAAAAACAUUUCUCUUUCACAUGGUUUCUGCAUAACCUUCAUGUAUUUACAUCGAGCUCUGCUACAUUGUUCACAAUGUGAUUGGUGGCUUGUCGACAUUAUGGGACUUCUGCCGUAUGACUCACCACUUCUUGCUCUUUGAAAUCCAACAUUGCUUGGAUUGUGUGCUGUCCAUUCUUCCAUAAGUCACUUCCAAACUGCACUUUUGGAUAUAACUUAAUCUGGACAAGUUUAAGGACUGAGCUUUUAUCUGGCACUGAGCAAACAGACUCAAGCCCGGUCUUGUAGGUAAGGAUACUUCACCAUGAAUGGUUCUUUCCGCCGCCACAUUGACCGACAGCCUAACAGCCCUCAGGUGGCACUCUGCGGCUGUGGAUUUGAGGACCUUGCCAGAGUGCCAAUAUCAACCUCUCUUCAACAAAAAAAUGCCAAAUGCCUCUCGCACUCGGUGCAGGGACACUGACGAAUUAUCACUCGCACUGUCACGGAAAACGAGAACUAGAAACUGUUUGAUGCUUUUCAGGCUUUGAAUUUGCCGCCACUCUCUCUCCUCAGACUGGGUGCUCCUCCCGUCCUCUCACGUCAUCUCCUCUGGAACUUGGAUGGAAAUUAUUGCACCAGAAAUCCAGCCAGUCACUCAGCUUAUUACCCAGGAGUAGAUGCCAUCCAGUUAAAUGCAUAGCAGGAGUUUUUUGAGCCUCUGGUGGCUUUUUUUUUUUGGGUAGGGAAGUAUUUGGUUCCUUCAGUCCAAGUGUUCUUUAUCUGUUGGUAUUUGAAAAAAAAUAAAUAAAAAAUCUGUUUUGAAGGUCCGAUAGUUGUCCAGAAGUAGGAAUUCUGACUUUGUAUAAAAAUCACUCCUUAUACAAACGCUUCGAUGUCCUCUUUAGCUCUCUCUAGCUCUCCUUAGCUCUUUGCCGUGUUUCAAAAAGUGAAAGGAAAAAGACAUUUUCUAUAUUUCUACCGCUUCAGUUGGCGACAAAAGUAAAAUAGCUUUUCGGCUUCAACGACGUGUAUGUACAUAUGAAUAUAUUUGCAUAGACUUUGCUAGGUAUCCCUAAAAACAAGCAAUGUGUUUAUUCUCAGUGGAUCUGUUUGCAUAUAUGAGUGUGAAUUUGAUAUGUUUCGAGCUACGGUGCAGGGGUUACGCCACACUUGUUUCAGUAAACCUAUUUUAUGCUAGUGUUGAUGGUGUGUGUGCACUUUCUGUCCCUCAGUCACAGAGGCCUGCUUGGUUGUGGUGUCAUCAUAUUCUCCUACCACACAUUUUUAAAACCCACGAUCAAAGUAUAAUUGUCCAUAACCACCUUAACAUGAAAUGAUUAGGACACUGCCAUUCACUUUAUAGUGUAGUUAAGAGAUAAAACGCACUUCUUUGACGCAUAUUUUGAUCGACAGAAUCACGUAAAAUCUUUUCCACUUUAAGCAGACACAGAUUAUGCCUUUUUUCACUUUGAAAUUAAGUCAAGACGUUGGCUACCAAGUGCUGUGUUUGUAGUUUAAUUGUAUGUUUUCUAGUACAAAUUAGUUUUGUCAGAACCAUUUCAAGUUUGUGUAUGAGUGUGUGUGUACACAGGUUGUUUAUAGCCUACAAAUAGGAAGUUUCUCCUGAUUGCUUGACCUUUUUCUUUUUUCCUUGAGACGAUGCUCAAAGUGCAGACUGGUGUGUCAGCUGUUUUAUCUACUUAAACAAUCCCACGCUUUACACAAGAAGUGGACAUGGCGGCUUUUAAGAAUUGAUGCCUUUUGGUGCGAUUAGUCACAGCAGAAUGUGAAACCAGUGUUUGACACCGACACUGUGUGUUUGUGGCGAGCGUCUGGAACAAACAUCCUCAUGCUGUGUGUCAUUUUCACACCAGUGUUGUUGAUGUUUUCCAUGAUCAGGUCAUUUUUCCGGCCCUCAUUCAACAGUGUGGUGGGUAGCUUUUCACUCUGCUAAUUUCAAGUUAGUGCUGUUUUCUUCUUUCAGUCAUCCUUGCACAACAGUCUAACAUCCAACACUUUCAAUAAACUGGUGUUGGAGAAAAUAUGCCCCUUAAACCGUUAAAAGGUUCAGUGUGUAAGAUUUUGGGGGCCCUAUUGCAGAAUAUGGCGAUAAUAUUCAUAAAUUUGAAAUAAUAACCUGAAAAUAAGAUUCCUUGUGUUUUCGUUACCUUUUUAGAAUAAGCCGUUUUUAUCUACAGAGGGAGCGGGUCCCCUUCCACGGAGGUCGCCAUGUUUCUACAGUACCCCAGAACAGACAAACUAUACACUGGCUCUAGAUUGGGCCUUGUGUUUUUCGUGAGUUUUGCGGCCACCGUAGUUUCUCCUAAACGAUUGGAAGGGGAGUGUGAGGUGAGCCGUAUUCAAAUGGUUACAAUCUGCAGUUUCAACGCUAGAUGCCACUGAAUCCUACACACUGGACCUUUUUGAAGAAAUAGUUCUACAUUUUGGGAAGAUACUCAUAAUCAUGUUUGUGCGGUAAAUUUUAAGCUACCGCCUUUAAAGAUCCAACUGAUGAGUGGUACCAGCCUUCAGACAGAGCUAAUGAUCUCCUGUUUUACCAUGCAGUCAUUACCAUUUAUUUUAUUUAUUUAUUUUUUUUAAACAACGCAUUUCCUUGGAAGCUCUUUGUUUGUGGGCGCUGAUGGUUGACUAAAACUUGACACCACACCGAUUGGCUUCAGCAUCCCGCCUCAUGCAGGUUUGUUCAUGUACAAAAAGGUUCUCUGUCCAAUCUAGCAGUGUAGUCACAAGACAAUCUAUAUGAGAAAUGAAAACGUGCACCCCUGUUACUUGUUGUAUACAAUGUUUUUUAGAAUCUCACUAUUUUCGGAUUAAUUUGUGCUGGUGACAGUUCCAUUGUCUAUUAUUAUGAUGAUAUUAUUAUGGCGAUUUUAUUUUAUUGCUAUUUUGUGUAGAAUAGUCAACAGUUUUUUAUUUUCUCUUAUUUUAUCUUCCUUAUCAUAAACAUAGUACUGGUUUCCUUUUUCAUAAAAUUUUCUGAAAAUUGCACGAUCAGUUAUUGUGGUAUUAGCAAAUGCAAUGAAGGAAAUACCAGUUAAAUGCUGCAAUUUUAAUUAAGAUAUAGAAUAUAUUUAUAAAAACGGGGAAACAACUGAAAUUAGUAAUUCAUGAAAUUUGAGAAAUGAAAAUGCAUGGGAUGCAGGUAACAACAAGACUUAUGUUACGUACAGUAAUGAUAAAGGACAUGCAUCACAAAUGGGUUUUAAAACAACUCAGAAUAAUGUAGCAUAUGAUAUACUAAAGAUGAAAUUUAUAGCUAAUAUAUUGUGUUGAGCUAGUCUGCUUUGGGUUUUUGUUGUAAAGAAAAUAUUUCUUUGUUGUUUUUUUGAGAAUGAUAUACAGUUUGUGUAUAUUUUCAUAUACAAAGUAUGCACUGAUAUGUUAUUGAAAUUCUAUACCGCUUUUACAAAAAAGUGUUUGUUGUACCAAAGUAUCAAGUCCCCUGAGACCUUACCCUUUUGCGUAUGUUUUACCGUAUUUUAUAUAUUAAAUAGACAAACUGAGUGAAAUGAA